CCAGUGGGUGGAAUCUCCCAUACAUAUUUUUUUUAUAUGGGAUGAGAUCCGAAGUUGUGACACAACACAGUGUUACCGAGCUAAUUGGUUUAACAGAGUCAUAGUAAUUUUUAUCAAUACGUGAACAUUGAAUUUGAAAACAAACCGUACGUUCUCUUUACUUAUUUUUAUUAAUAAUAUAGUUUUCUUUGCAUUUCUGUAAUGCUACUACUACUCCUGCGUCUUAACGCGUUAAUUAGUGCGCUAAAUUGGCAUUACGCACCUAGCUAUAGAAAAAUGUAAAUUUCCUUAUGGCAACACUAAACAAAAUGCCGGUUAAGCUUUGUUGUUUUUGUUUGUUUUGUCGUUUAUUCAUUUGGUUUUGAUGAAUAACACAUUGAGUUAUUUAAAAAACUAAAUGGCAUUUUAAUUUUUUAAUAUCGCUUAUAAGUUCACGUUGAUAUUUUUCGAGAAAAGACUUUGUUCACAAAAUGAUUUUGUAACGUGUUUUUUUUUUCGUGUUAAUUUUAAUAUUUGCUGUUAAGAAAUUUACUCCUCCUGUUUGGUCUUGUUUUUGUUUGUAAAUUGUAAGUUAUUGUUGUUGAGAAACUGACUCCUGUGUUGUUUAAAUUUUUUGCGCCUUUUGCAAACUUUUUAACAUGCCUGAUACUCAUCGUACUUGUGAAGUUUGUGGUAUCAAAGAAAGACAUCUUACUGAAAAACGGUUUUUCGCAAGGUUUCCUCUGGAUGUCAAUAGGUGAAUGUAAACAAUGGGUAAAGAUGGUUGGCAAAGAAGAUCUGGCUUAUCUUCAAGUACAUAUGCUACAUGAUUUAAAACAUGUUUGUGAAGCACAUUUCUCAAGACGAGACUUUACAAAAUCAAAGAAGCGCUUAAAAAAACGAGCUGUACCCAAACUGAACUUGACACUGCCACCAUUGAGAGAUGAAAUUCUUCUUCAAUUUUUGCAACUCAACUCGCAAGCGGAUGUCACCCCACAAGGCCAGUUCGAGGUUCAGGCCGUUCCUAGUGCUUUGAUGCCAGCAUCCUCAAGUCAGCCUAGCGGUCUAGAGAAAACUGAUGUCACCCCACAAGGCCAGUUUGAGGUUCAGGCUGUUCCUUGUACUUCAAUGCCAACAUCCUCAAGUCAGUCUAGCAGUCUAGAGAAAAACGUCACCAAAGGAAGCCAGCGGAAAGAAAGUGAAAGUCAAAUAAGAAAAAGAAAAUUAGAAGAUGUUGAUGUUACACCACGGAAAAGGAAGCUCUUAAGUGAAUUGAGAAAAACAAAGUGCACAUUGGCAUCAUUAAAAAAGAGCGCGAAACUAAUAGACAAUUUAUCGUCAGAGUUUCUAAAAGAAAUUGUCACGUCUGCGUUGAUAAAUCAAAAGCGUAAGUCACAAGGCAAACGCUGGACUAUUAAAAAUAAAAUAUCAGCAUUAGCCAUCUUCAAGCGUUCACCAAAAGCUUACCGAUAUCUGCGAUAUCUCGCACCAUUUCCGAGUAUCAAAACAUUGCAAAAAUUAAUGAAAAAAAUACCUGUUGAGCCAGGUUUAAAUACAGCUGUACUUGACCACCUGAAAAAACUAGCUCCCAUUAAAAAAAUAAGAGCAAAAUUAUGUUCGCUAGUCUUUGAUGAAAUAGCGUUAAAAGAAAGGUUAACUUAUAGCGAAGCCACAGAUAAAGUGGAAGGGUUUAUCGAUUAUGGAUAUGAGAGGAAAGAUGAGCUAGCAAAUCAUGCCUUAGUCUUCAUGUUACAAGGUAUUGGGAGAAAAAUUAAACAACCGCUGGCAUUCUAUUUCAUAAGAGGCACAGUAUCUUCAGAAAAAUUAGCAGUUUUAAUAAAAGAUAUAAUUAAAGAAAUUACUAACUCGGGAUUUCAAGUUUUAUCAACAAUAUGUGAUCAAGCGCCCACCAAUAUGGGAGCAUUAAGUCUGUUAAAGGAGUGGAACAAUGGUGGACAUAAUUAUUUUGAAUUUGAAAAUAAAAAAAUUUAUAUAAUUUAUGAUAUUCCACAUUUAUUAAAAUCACUGAGAAAUAACUUUUUAAAACAAGGAUUUCUGAAAAUGGGAGAAUUGAAAGGUCAAUGGAGCCAUUUAGUUGAGGUAGAGGAACGAAAUAGAAAUUUUUUAUAUCUUAGCAAACUCAAAUCAACUCAUGUACAACCAAAGUACAGAGCUAAAAUGAAAGUUAAGUAUGCCGCACAAAUAUUUAGCCAAACAGUGGCUGCUGUUCUUAAAUUAUUAGCUACGAAUGUGGAAAAUGUACACCGAUCAGAUGAAAUAUUACAGACUGCUUUGUUAAUUGAAAAAUUCAAUAAACUUUUUGAUUAUACAAAUGGGCCAUCAGGACAUGCUGACGUAAAAAAAGGUAUACGGGAAAACGUAUCUGCUAAAACUGACCAUUUAGCUGUUUGGACAGAAUAUAGAAAGCAACUGUCUACUUUAACAUUUUUCAACCAUAAUGGCGUGGAAGCAAAAAAUGUAAAGUGUGUUCAAGGCUACAUUAUAUCAUUAAAAUCGCUGCGUGAUAUUUGGCUGGAAGUUCAGGAUUUAGGAUAUAAGUAUUUGAAUCUACGGCAGUUAAACCAGGAUGCAUUAGAAAAUUUAUUUGGGUUAAUAAGACAGCAUGGUCAAACAAACAAGCAUCCGACGUGUUCUACAUUUAUAGCAGCUAUGAAAACCUCUAUAAUAUCAGGACUUACCGCCCCUCACAGCAAAAACUCCAAUUGUGAAGAAGACAAAAAGGAACUCAUGACGGAUUUUCAUGAUUUAGUUUUUGGGUUUAAAGACGAAGAUGAUCAAGGUCAAGAUAUUAAUGAGUCUCCUAGUCAUGUUUCCACAGAAAAUGAAAAUGAGGAAGACAACCCGGUUCUCAGUAUACCUGAAGAAGAAGAAUAUAAAGAAAUAGUAUGUGACCUAGCAAAAAUUUCAAAUCAACCAGUGGUCUAUAUAAGUGGAUAUCUAGCUUCUGUUAUUCUAAAAAAAAAUGAUUGCCAGGUCUGUAGAGAAACUUUGACAGUUGCAGAUCCAGAGGAAAAUAAGAUUUAUGAUUUAAUUAAAUUAAGGGAGUGGUGGCAAGAUAAGAAAUGUUUGACAUAUCCAUCAUUGCAGUUGUGUCAAACUGUACACACUGCGGUUACAAAUUUUGAACAGUUUUGUAUCCCUAACCUACAUAAUAACAAUAUUUGCCAGUGGACAAUUACUAUAUUUUAUUCAAAUUGUAAUACAGAGUGGCUAUGCAUUAAUCAUCGUCAACAAAUGUCAGACUUAUUGUUUACAAAAUUGGCUCUAAUGCUGAUUCGGCGACAGUGCCAGAUAAUUAAUUUAAAGCAAGUUUCAAAGGAAGAGGAUUUGGCGGACGCGAACAAAAGGGGUCAACAAUAUGGUGUUUCAAGAUAAUUACAUAAUUAGUUUUUAUUUGUUUUUUGUAGAAAGAAGUUAACUUCGGGUUUGAGUUCAAAAAAAGUAUACAUUUAGAGAUUUAGAACUUUAUUUUUUUACUAUUAUAAAAUAGAAGUUUUUAAAAAUUUACUCUUCAAAUGGAAAUAGAAACGAAUUGUUUUUUAUUUAGCACAAAAAUUUUCAAAACCUAGUUCGUUAUAACAUUAUAAAACAAGGUUGAAAACCUCUACAUGUAUACUUAUUGUACCUUGCAUAAAAUUAAGUAAAUAUUGGUUUAUAUUGUAAAAUAAAAAUUAAACAUUUCCGAUACAAACUUAAAAUUUUUUGUAAGCGUUAAAAUUCUACUUACAAAUUUCAUUAAAAUUAUACUAAGUAAUAAAA